UUGGUGUGUUUUACUUGGUAACGUCGCAGAACGUACAUGGUACAAGUUUGUGUUGACUGCAUGGAUAAUGGAAUGUAUCUAUUAUAAAUUAUAUGGUAAGAACUAGGGCUGGGACGACGCGUCAACGUAAUCGAUUACGUCGACGCAGAAAUUACGUCGACGCGAAAAAUGCGCGUCGAUUCGAAAGACGCAAAAUAAAGAUGGCAGCGGAGGAGCGUAAUAACGCAAGUGGCUCUUCAGAAUUCCUAAAGUGCAAGGCGACACGCAGUCGUUCUUCAAAAGUCUGGGAAUAUUUUCAUUUAAAAGGGAACGAUUCGGUGAUAUGCCGGCUGUGCAAACUGGAGAUGGCUUUCCAUUCCAGCACCACGGCGAUGCACCAGCACUUGAAGAGGCGCCACCCGGGAGCAGCUGCGGAUGACCGAGCACCGGAUAAGAAGAAUAGUUUGGAAAACUACUUUUGCAAGAAAAAUACAACCCCCUGCACCCCCCAGGAGGCUGCCAUACUUACUGAGAGCGUUGUAUCAAUGAUUUGCAAAGACAUGAGGCCAAUUUCUGUGGUUGAGGGCGAGGGAUUUAAAGAAAUGCUGACCACCUUCCAAGCAGGUUACACUCUACCUUCUAGGCGCCAUUUCACUACUCUGAUCGAGAAGAAGUAUGAAACUUCAGUAGAGAAACUUAAAAACAAACUUAAAAUGGCCACAUCCAAAAUCUCCCUUAGCACUGAUGCCUGGACCAGUCUGGUGACAGAAGCCUACUUAGGGGUAACUUGUCAUUUCAUUGAUGACAAUUGGGAGCUUGUCUCCUUCAAUUUGAUAACACUGCCAGUUGAAGAACGCCACACAGCAGAAAACAUUGCCUUAUGGCUGGAGAAUGUGGCAGAAAAAUUCAACAUUUCGUUUGAGAAUGUCCUUGCUAUCGUCCAUGACAAUGCAAGUAACAUUGUGGCAGCUCUCAGAAUCUUGGAAGAGAGAUUUGGGGUGGUAUCCCAUCGGUGCGCUGGGCAUACACUUCAACUGGUAGUCAACAACGCAAUGAAGAACCCUGAGAUUGACAAGGCACUCGCAGCUACACGGUGCCUUGUAAAACACAUAAAGAAAAGUGAGCCAGCUACCACUAAGCUGAAGCUUAAACAACAACAGAUGGGCACAGUUGAACAUAAACUGAUACAGGAUGUAGCAGUCCGUUGGAACAGUUCAUACUACAUGAUUGAACGUGUUUUAGAGCAGCGAUGGCCGGUGGUUGCGACGCUAUCAGAUCCAGAAAUCACACAGCGCGGAAAGCACUAUCUUGAUCUGAAAAACUAUCAAUGGACUCUUCUGGAGGAACUGGAGGUUGUGCUCAAGCCCUAUGAGCAAGCCACGGUUUUCCUUAGUGGUCAAUCUUAUGUCACAGCCUCUGUUCUCCCCCCCCUGCUGAAGGGUCUCCUGAAAUCCACCCGAAAAAAAUCAUUUGAUUCUGCUGCCAUGACCUUUUUCCAGACCAAAGCAGAAGAGGGGAUAUUGUCAAGGUGGCAGCAGGUGUUUGUAUUUAAAGAGGGUGGGAAAAAUGUGUCUCUCAUUGCUGCUGCACUUGAUCCCCGUUUUCGGAAAUUGAAGUUCCUUCCAGCAGAUGAUGCUCUCAAACUGCAAGUGCAAAUACAGAGUUUUGCUCUUGAUAUCGGAAGGAAGCAGAAAUUGUUAGAGGCAGCUGUGAGGCAGGAAGCCUCAGCAAGCUCCCCACCAAAGAAGAGGUCCUGCUCUUUGUUGGACACUUUGUUGGGCUCAGAUUCUGAGGGGGAAGACGAACAAAACAUGGACCAGGUGGAUGGUGACAGGGACAGUGAGACAGUCAGGAAAGAGGUGAUGUCGUAUUUUGAGGAAAACCCUAUCCCAAGGGAUGAUAACCCCCUUACAUGGUGGAAGGAUAACGCCAUAAGGUUCCCCACCCUGGCUGCAGUAGCCAAAUCUUAUUUGUCUAUACCUGCCACAUCAACGCCAUCUGAAAGGCUUUUCUCAGUUGCUGGGAACAUUGUUUCCAAAAAAAGGGCAAGCCUGACUCCUAAGCAUGUGGAAAUGCUUACAUUCCUCCACUCUAAUAUAUGACUGUAUUUUGUCUUGAAUGACACACACACACACACACACACACACACACACACACACACACACACACACACACACACACACACACACACACACACACACACACACACACACACACACACACACACACACACACACACACACACACACACACACACACACUUGUUAUUUGCAUGAAUGAAGAUGCUUUUUUUCAGUAAGCUAGGACUAUGUUCAUAAGUUCAUAAAAAACAUAAAUGUUGAAUUCUGAAUAUUUUUUAUUUAUUGUUGGAAAAGCACUUUUUUAUAUUAGCUUAAAGCCCCCACGUUUACAAAAGUUACUGUAUUCUUUCAAUAGCUCUAAGAAAGGGUGGCUGGUUUACCUUUUUAUUUUUAUAUUGAAUGCUUGAAUUAUAUUGACAUCAGAAUGUUUAUUUUUCUCUUGUACACUCUUACUAGAAUUUUGAAAAAUUCUAUACUUUGUUAUUUUUAUGUGAAUAAGGAAUUAAAAUAUGCACUUUUUUUUCCAGUAAGCUAGCUGUGUUUUCAUAAAUGUUCAAUUCUGUUGGUUCAGGAAGGACGGAAGGCCUUUGUGUUUUCAAGGCUUGAAGGUUUCAUUGAAUGCUACCUUCUAAGAAUGUAUUCCUUUGCACUUAUUAUGGCAUUUUUAGGCAAUAAACAUGCAUUGCAAAAAGGAAUUCAUGUUUUUUUCAUUCAGAUAUGUAAAUCAAAAUUGCUAUUAGUCAAUUAAUUGGGAGAUAAUCGAUAAUCGAAAUCGAAUCGAACUGAAAAAAUGAAUCGUUAGAUGAAUCGAUGCAUCGAAAAAAUAAUCGCUAGAUUAAUCGUUUAAAAAAUAAUCGUUUAUCCCAGCCCUAGUAAGAACCUGGUAAUACCAUGGAAACAAACGGCUUUGUACCCAGUAUUUAAGAAGAUGUACCAUAACACUAGAGGAAAACUGUUCCUGCAGAGGUUGUUACCAGGUAAGUAAUUCCAUAGUGGUAAAUCGAAUAAACCCUUUCUAAAUGGGUGUAGCUACGAAUAAUAACUAAGAAAAAGUAUUUUAUUGGAAAGUACUAUGCUAAUUUAUAGAUAGUACAUCAUUAUAUUUGGGCUGUUACCUACAUAAACCUUGGAUAAUAGGUGUUUCUAAGAAUUGGUUGCCAAAUUUCCUAGGAAGUACACAAUAUCGGAGUUAUUACCAACCUAAAACAGUUACAACUACACACUACUUAGUUGAGUUGAUGGGUAAUAGUGGAGGUUUUACUUGGUACAUCAGCUGUAAUUCCUCUGUAUUUACCUUCUUAUUACCAGUGGUAAUUACACAGUAAUACACUAUAAUUUA